CGGUUAUGGUUUGGCACCAAACAGCUAGAUAUCAGAAAUAAAAAGCAUUACAAAACGUUAACAUUCUUGUACAAGCAACACAUAUAUCAACUCUGUCUUUCUCCUUCUCUCAAUCCCAAUAUCUCCCCGUGGUUUGAGUUUCUUGCCGCUAUCUUCAAUGAUCCUAUGAAGUUGUAGGAGCUCUAUAUCAAUCUUCUAAACUCACUUAAACACUUUUCAAGGAGCUACUUAAACUACAAUUUUGUUUCUUUUUGGUGCUUCCUGUUUCAAGAUACAUUUCUUCACAGAAAAUGGGAGAAAUGUCAGGUUUCCAGUUAGGUGUUAUUGGGGCACUGUUUCUUUCAGUGGCAUCAUCUGUCUCCAUUGUCAUCUGCAACAAAGCUCUAAUGAGCAAUCUAGGCUUUCCCUUUGCUACAACAUUAACCAGUUGGCAUCUGAUGGUAACAUUUUGCACACUUCAUGCCGCACAGCGAUACAAUCUGUUUGAGAGCAAAUCAAUCGACAUGAAAACUGUGAUGCUCUUUGGCAUUCUCAAUGGAGUUUCCAUUGGUUUUCUCAACUUGAGCCUUGGAUUCAACUCUAUUGGAUUCUAUCAGAUGACAAAACUUGCAAUCAUCCCAUUCACGGUACUGCUGGAAACCUUGUUUCUGAACAAACAAUUCAGCCAAAAGAUCAAGUUUUCUCUGUUCCUGCUGCUUGUCGGGGUUGGGAUUGCCUCUAUCACAGAUCUCCAGCUCAAUUUUGUGGGAACAAUUCUCUCCCUCCUUGCCAUUGUGACCACCUGUGUUGGCCAAAUUCUGACAAACACAAUACAAAAGAGGCUGAAUGUCUCUUCUACACAGCUGCUUUACCAGUCAGCCCCAUUCCAAGCAGCUGUUCUUUUUGUCUCAGGCCCUCUAGUAGAUCAGUUCCUAACCAGGCAAAAUGUCUUUGCUUACAAAUACUCUCCUAUAGUUUUGGCAUUCAUCAUUCUCUCCUGCGUAAUUUCUGUCUCAGUGAACUUCAGCACCUUCCUGGUUAUUGGCAAGACAUCCCCUGUUACAUACCAAGUGCUAGGCCACCUCAAGACAUGCCUUGUUCUUGGCUUUGGCUACACACUGCUGCAUGACCCUUUCACUGAAAGGAACAUGAUCGGAAUACUCAUAGCCAUCUUUGGGAUGGGCUUGUACUCGUAUUUCUGCACCCAGGAGAACAAGAAGAAACAAUCCCCUGACUCAUUGGCAUCCCAGUUGAAAGAUAAGGACGAAACACCGCUCCUGGCAAAAGACAAAGAUGAUCAUGAAGUGAAGAAAUCAAGCAAGGAUUCCCUUGUCUAAAGUAGUUGGGAUUUUGUUUUGUGAAGAAAGUUUCUUCUUCCAUGUGUUAUUGAAGUGUUUUCAUUUCUUCCCAAACAUAUUGUUGAGUAUAAAUGAUUUUGAUUCUUUAAAUAAACCCUCAAAUUGCUGAUAAAAAAUAAAAUAAAAUAAACCCUCAAAUUCAAU